AUGACUGAAUCCGGGAAAGAAGGGUUCUGGCCCGGACAGGCUGACCCCUUCCGUGGGGGCCCUCAGCUCCUGCACCCACGGGCCAGAGCCGGAAGACUCCGGGAAAGACUGGAGGGGCGAGUGGGGGCGCGCGCCGAGGGCUUUCGGCGUUCGCAGCGCCGCUCAUCCGAGGGCCGUGACACCCUCUCCGGCUCGGAGUUGGCGCUGAAAGAACCGUUAUGCUUUCGGCACUCGUCCAUAGUAGGACGGUUCUGCAGCCCCAGCCGGGGGACUGAAGCAAAGCCUUUGCAGACUCGGUGUGGAUUUAGACAAAGCGCCAGUCUCCGCGCGGCUGGAGCGGGCGCGGCGCAGCUGCCACCGUGCCCAUGGCAAACCGAGCAGCCUUCGCGUUCCUGGAGUUGUCGCCUUCGUCACCUGGAGCGUCGGAGCCGGGAGGGCCAGGAACCGGGCGGAGCCGAGGCCUGGACUCGCGACCGCCACGCCCGGCAGCCCGGGUCCCGCCACGGCGUGCGCCUCUCGGCUCCUUCGGGAUCCCCGGACGCGGGCGUGGGAGCCGACGAAGACAACGCUUUGUGCAGAGAGUUGACCAGUUGUGCCCGGGGACACGACCUGGCCACGCGCCCACCCCGAGCCCCACGACGCCCACCUAAGCGAGGGCGGAGGAGCGGCGGCCGGGCUGAGGCCACACGGGUCUCUGCUUCGGCGGCAGCUUGGCGACUGGUGCGAAGGCCAGAGGGAGAAGGGCCGCGGACACGACGCAGUGACCCGCGCUCGCGCGCAGCGCAGACGCUCCGGAUCCCGCGCGCGGCUCUUUCCCGCCAGGGUCAUCCCGUGCCUGUCGCCGCGAGCCCCGGGGCGGCCCGGUGUGCUCGGAGUUGCUCUCGCCCGCCAGGAGAAAGGCACGCGAGUUCCAGGCACCCUGCUCACGGCUCUUUAGAGAGAGGACGUCAUCAGAAGCCCGAGGUCCUCGGUGACAGACUCCAGCGUGGACUCUAAUUGCCUCAACCCGCGGUCUUUCCCCACAGCCGCCAGCCGGCGGGCGCCCUUCCCCCACUGUCCCCUCCCCAACCUCGUGAAAGGGCCCGAUUCGCGCCUGGCGGCCGGAGCUCUCAAGGUCGCAGCGACCUCAGCCCCGCCGGGAGGCGGGAGGCGCGGGAACUGCGCCCCGCAGCCCGAGCCAGACCUCAAACAAUACACCAAUCAGCGCAGACGCGAAAGUCGUCUCGGCCACCUCCCCGCCUCGCGAGGUCACCCGUCCGCCCCUCGCCCAGGCCGGCGCGCAGCACCCUGGACAGCGCGCCAGGAGCACUGA